AUGUUGCAGCUUAUUGUGUUUGCCACAUUGGUUGGUGCUACAUUCGCGAGCUAUGGUGCCAAUUUGAACUACCGCUCUCCUUCCCUUCACCAUCCUGCGCUGGGUAUCUCGGUUCGCAAAGUCGUCAAGCGGCAUGUUGAGAGACAGUCAACGCCGGCCUCGCAGCUGAACUUCACUCACGGAGUUGCGUCCGGUGACCCGUUCCCGAACAGCGUGAUUUUGUGGACACGAUGUGCUCCCACCUCAGACGAUGUCCAGAGCAAUAGCUCCACCGGUGGUUUCGUGCCUCUCUACAACCCUGUGCCGAUCUACAAUGACACCGACGAGGGGAAGCCACCCUCUACUUCUCCUGUUUGCCUGACCUGGAGGAUCGCUAACGACAAGGCGUUGUCGUCUGUGGUCGACCAAGGAACUGUAUACACGAGCUCGGAUGUGGACUACACAGUCAAAGUCGAGGCCUCGAAGCUGCAGCCUUUCACACAAUACUACUACCAGUUCACUGUCUGUAACAGCAGUGUUUCUAGCAUGGUCGGCAGAACCAAGACUACCCCCAUGGCCACUGAUAAUGUCACUGGGGUCAACGUGGCGGUGUACUCUUGCAGCAAUUUCCCGUUCGGUUUCUUCAAUGCGUUUGGUAACCCGGUCCGCAAAGACUCCGUCGACUAUGUUAUCCACCUCGGCGACUAUAUCUAUGAAUAUGCCAACGGCGAAUAUGGAUGGGGUCAGACUAUUGGUCGUGUCCCCUUGCCAGAUAGAGAGAUCUAUACUCUCUACGACUACCGCAAGCGUCAUGCCACCUACAAGACCGAUCUGGAUCUGAUCGCGAGUCAUGCGAACUUUCCUUGGAUUGCCGUCUGGGAUGAUCAUGAGGUUGCUGAUAACACCUACCGUGAUGGAUCUUCGGAGCUCAACAACACCGAGGCGUCUUUCAUACAAGAUGGUGGCGUGUCUGUGGAUCAGAGAAAGAUGAAUGCGGUCCGUGCAUACUUUGAAUGGAUGCCCAUCAGACAAGUCGAGAUGGGUGAUGAUCUUCGAAUCUGGCGAUCGUUCUCGAUUGGCAACCUCUUCGACCUCAUUAUGCUCGAUACGCGCCAGUAUGACCGCUCCAUAACCGACCUGUACUGGAACACACACUACGUCCACGAAAUAUCGAAUGAUGCUGGUCGGUCAAUGAUGGGCUCUCGCCAAGAAAACUGGUUUUAUCAAUCCCUCCUCGACUCCAAGAAUCGUGGCGCAACAUGGCGUGUCAUUGGGUCCCAAACAGUCUUUAGCCGCAUCAACGAAUCCGUUGCCUAUGGAAAUGUCGACCCCCUCGACUACGACGCAUGGGAUGGAUACCAAGCCAACCGGAACCGCACCUUUCAAGCGCUGUACAACAAUAACAUCACCAACAACAUCAUGCUCUCGGGAGACAGCCAUGCAAAUUGGGUGUCUGACCUUGUAUGGCUGGACAAUCACCCAUAUGACCCCACGACUGGAGAAGGAGCGAUCGGAGUUGAGUUCGGCGGCACAGCCGUUACGUCCCCGUCGCCAUACGGCGCCAACAUCUCGAUCGCGCGUAGCGUUCAAGCCAGCGAAUGGCUGGUAGGGGCCAACCGCGAAUUGCAAUGGCAAGAAAUUUAUUACCGAGGGUAUUACGAACUGCACAUCACUCAAGAGCAAGUCAACGCGUACUACUUCGGAAUGCCGACGGUGGUCAGUCGCAAUCCGAAUGAAAUCUCGCUGGCCAACUUCACUGUCAUCAACGGUGAGAACAAGCUCCAUCGGUUUAACGGGACAGUGGUGCCCAGUCCUGUCGAGAACGGCUUCGUCAAGUUCGGGCACACCAAGCAGACCAACAUCACGAAUGCAACGGACACAGGGUUGUACUUCAUCAGUCAUGCUGGACUUGAAGUGCUUUGA